CUGCAUCUGUGGCAGUUUCAUCCUGGACUUUGGUAGCCAUAUCCUGUGAACGCUACUAUGCCAUUUGUCACCCUUUACGUUCGAGAACAUGGCAGACCAUAAAUCAUGCCUAUAAAAUAAUUGGUUGUAUAUGGAUUGGCAGUAUCGUCUGUAUGGCGCCCAUUGCAAUAUUCAGCCAAUUAAUACCGACCAGCAGGCAGGGCCUUCGUAAGUGUCGCGAACAAUGGCCACAGCAUGCGGUGGGCUAUGAGCGUUCCUACAACAUCUUCUUGGAUUUGGUGUUGCUUGUCUUGCCGCUGGGAAUUUUGUGUAUUGCCUACAUACUGAUAACGCGAACAUUAUAUUUGGGCAUUAAAGAUGAGAAGGCUCUCAUAUUUGGCAGUAAAAAUAAUAAUGUGGUGAAUGCGGGAACAGCAGGCGUUACGGGUGUUGUUGUUAGCAAUGCCCAUGCGAUGCCAAUGGCCGAUGGUAAAAUAUAUACCCAAGUGACGACGACGGUGGGAGCGGAAACGAAGCCAUCAAAUGUCUUCAAAUUGAACUUUUCACUUCGUUAUCAUUCGCGGAAAGGGGGUGGUUCCGUGCGUGGUGGUCACGUGAAAAAUCCAAAUGAAUCCUCCAUCGCCGCUGCCGCAUAUAAUGAGAGGGAUAAUAAAUUCUCAAACAAUGCUGCUGACCGUUGCAGAUAUUUGAUAUCAAAAUCUUUAGAUAGCUCCACCACGACCACCCAGACAAUUGGUAAUAAUGGCCGAUGUCGUCCGGAAACAGAAGUUAUUUGUAAGAAAAUAAAAGAAUCCAAUAACGAAUUAACACAGCAACAACAACAACAUCAGUCGCAAAUAAAGGCAUCUUCAUCAUCAUCGAUACAGCAGCAGCAACAACAGCAUUGCUAUGAUGACAUAACCCAACUGAGCACAAAUGGCGAACAAACCACAACCUCUAUUAAACCAUUAAAUAGUAAACGUGCAAUUGUGGCCAAGACCACAGAUGGUCGCCGCCAACAACUUUAUUGCAUGCGUUCUGCCUCUUUCAAGUCAUUCAAUCGUAACAGUAGAACUAGUGCUGAUAGUGAGGAGACAACAUCGUCCUCAUGUCACUCCCUCAAUGCGUUGUCCACAAAGUUUCCAAGACAACUUAAACCGACACAUCAGUCGGUGGCGAUGGCAACAUAUGGGCUACAGCAGCGACAAUAUCAUCAGCAGCAACAUCAACCACCAUACAUGUCAACAAAUGAUGGUGGCGGUGUCGGUGGUGGUGGCGGUUGUGGCACAGAGAAGCGUAAACUGAAUAGCUCGCCAAGUUUACGCAUAACUGAAUCGGCAUUGAGAAGAUCGAACAUAGAAAAAACCUUGGAAAGCAAAAAACGUGUUGUGAAAAUGCUCUUCGUGUUGGUACUGGAAUUUUUCAUUUGUUGGACACCGCUUUAUGUUAUCAACACACUGGCCAUGUUCAUCGGCCCCGCAACAUACGAAUACGUCGACUAUACAACGAUAAGUUUCCUACAAUUGCUGGCCUAUUCAUCGAGUUGUUGUAAUCCAAUUACGUACUGUUUCAAGAACGCAAGUUUUCGACAUGCAUUUGUCGAUACCUUUCGUGGCAUACAUUUGAAUGGUGGAACAUUUUGCCAUAAAAACUCCAAAACAGCAGCAGCAACGAAUCUAUCAAUGGCUGGCAAUUCAAUUGCAAUGGGUAACAGUUGUACAGUGGUUACGGCAAAUACCGUAUUGGAUAGUCCAAGUCUUUGA